UGGGACGUCACGUUCUUUGGCUGCUUCUCAAGCCUCGUUCCGAACUGUUUCAUGUCGACUAUUUGCCCGUGUGUGGCCAUCGCGCAGAUCCAAGCGCGUCUGGGUAACUGCUACGCGACGGCGCUGUAUGGCCACAGCAGCACGAUCUUCGACCUCUUGAUCAUUUUCCUGUGCGGCGCCGCGUUCUUCGUGCUGUUCUACGCGUUCUCGCUGUGUCUGGUGCGCAUGAAAGUGCGAAAGGAGUUCGAGAUUAAAGGAAGCAUCGGCGUCGACUGCCUCGCGUCCACGUGCUGCGCUCCAUGCACCGUGGCGCAAAUGGCGUCGCAGAUGCAGAGCUACACGCCCGGAAGCUGCAGCUUCCAGCAGCCUGGAGUCGUCGACACGCUGCCCGGAUACCCCGUAACCCCAGCGAUGCAGUUUAUCUAA